GCAGAGAGACGGACGCCUGCUACGGAGCGCUAACGGAGCAACAGCAUUUUGCUGAACCAUAAACCAUGCUCUAAACGGUCUUCCGACGCGCCAUCGAGCCUGCUUGACUUCUGAGAGGUUAUUGGAAGAUACUGAAAUUAUAUCAUUGAAAUGCUACGUUCCAUAAACUAUAAUUUUUACUUCCAACGAAGUCUAAAUUUCACACAUGCUGCAUCAAUGUGUUCAGUCAAUGUGAGACUCGUGAGUUAUCUACGGCGAUCAACUCAUAACCCUAACCUGAACCAAGGCGCCAGUCACAUUGACAGUGGAAAUAGUCUAACAUAUUUAAUUCACAUGUCGAAGACUAUGUCACCCGUUGCAGGUAAAGAUAGUUUAUUUAAUUUUGAUCGAAAUACGCCGUCUCAGUUCAAUACACAGAGUGCAACGGGUUUACGUUCUUCACACACCGGAAUCAACAUUUCAAGAAAUUGCAGCAAACCUUUGAUUAAUUCGAUGUUAUUGCUCGCCAAUCGCACUCGCUAUACGGUUCUCCAUCCUAAACAUUUUAGAGUCAGGCAAUUCUCAAGUGAAACGACACAGUAUGUACCGCAAGUCCGGUUAACUGGAGUUUGGAAAGAUAUAUCGGAGAGCACACCUGUUGAAUUUGUACAAGAUACUUUGGUCACAUUUCAGUCUACGACUGGUUUACCAUGGUGGGCAACCAUAGUUUUAACCACAGUCAUAGUAAGAAGUACUUUGACGCUACCAUUGAGUCUUUAUCAACAUUACAUUAUUGCCAAAGUUCAAAAUUUGAAUAUCGAAAUGAGUGAUAUUGUUAAAAAACUGCAAGCCGAAGCAAAUGUAGCUGUAUCACACUACAAAUGUCCUGAAGAUCAUGCUAGGAUGCUGUAUAAUACAAAGGUAAAGGAGAAAUGGGAUGAAUUGAUUCAAAGAGAAAACUGUCAUCCUGGUAAAGGAUAUAUUGUAUUAUGGACACAAAUACCAUUGUGGAUAACAAUAUCUGCUGCACUGAGAAAUCUCUGCUUCAUGUUACCUCCAGGUCGCACAGAUGCUGAAAAAAAUUUCCUGGACUUGACAACCGGUGGUUUUGGAUGGGUAACGAAUUUGGUUGCCAUCGAUCAAUUUUGCAUAGUACCGAUUUCUGUGGGACUCUUCAAUUUAGCCAAUAUUGAAAUUAUGAAUCUGUUGAAAACGACUGAGGAUACCAGAUUACAGAAGUGUUUGCUCUAUUUUUUACGAUUCAUUUCCAUUGCAAUGAUACCUAUUUCGAUGUACGUUCCAUCGUGCAUGUGUUUAUACUGGGCAAGCAGCAGCGCGUUUGGUAUUGUCCAGAAUCUGCUAUUGCAAUCACCAAAGGUGCGAAGAUUGGCUGGAAUACCUCUUACUAAGACUGCAAGGACAAAUCCAUAUCGUGAAAUGUAUACAAAAUUAAAAACCAAAUGGUACUUUAAUUUCAUGCGUAAAAGUAACAGUAGAAUAUAAUUGUAACUCUGAAGUUUACUGAAAUGUAAUGCCAAAGGCAGAUACACGUCGCCUAGGAUAUUCCACGACAAACCAACCAAGUUCCGUGGCACUUGAAUUUUAGAUUUGAAUCAUGUUGACUCUGUCAAUAUCCAAGAUACUCUAAAAUUGCCAUUUUUUUUUAAAAUACAUUUCAUUGAUCUAAUUUAUCUUAAAUGGGUUUUUGACAUACUUCAUAGACUACAGUAAUAAAGGGAAGCGUCGUUUCCAUAUAAAAUUCAAGUGUGAGCAUGGUUGAUUUGAUGUAAAAUGUUUCAUUAUACAUGUUUUUAUGUGUAUUUAUUAUAAAACUCAAUGUACAUAAACUGAACUGAUGUAGCAUACUUGACAUAUGUAUAUGAAUAAAGUAAAGUAAUAGCAAAUUA